AAGUCGAAUGUAGAAAGUCCAUGGCCCGCACCGCACACAAGCCUCUUCGUAUCUUCGAGAGAGAAAAAAAAUCAUCCUUCGAGAGAUUUCGCGGGGGCGCAGGUUCGUGAGGAGCUAGGGUUUGGGAGGGAGCAGCGGAGAAGAUGAUCGAGGUGGUGCUGAACGACAGGCUGGGGAAGAAGGUGCGGGUGAAGUGCAACGAGGACGACACCAUCGGCGACCUGAAGAAGCUCGUCGCGGCGCAGACGGGGACCAGGCCCGAGAAGAUCCGCAUCCAGAAGUGGUACACCAUCUACAAGGACCACAUCACCCUCGGCGACUACGAGAUCCACGACGGCAUGGGCCUCGAGCUCUACUACAACUAGAGUCUAGAAGUCCCGUUGUCUUAAGAAACUAUCUGGAAUCCAACGAACCAUACAAGACUGCUGGAUGUACCAAUGACUGCCGACCUGAAAUCCUGAAUGCAGCCAUAUUAUCAACCGGCAAAUGUGAUGUGAUGUGACGCUACUUGUACACUACAUAUAACAUAAUGUUUGUGACCUUUGUGUGAUAACCGCUGUAUUUUUUAGUUAUGGCAAGUUCGUUCUGCUUACGAUUUGUACUGCA